AUAAAGCUUAAUAGGGUUGGGGGGAGGGUGUGGUGGAAGUUAAGGAUUUAUUUGGUUUUGAAUUGUUUAUUCGUGGUAGUACAGAAUUGGUCAGAUAUUGAUUGUAUCCAGGACAGGAGUUGGCGGCUCUUUAAACGUUUGUUUGCGGAGCGCCAUGAAGAAGAAGAAAACGUCGCCAACAACACAACGUCAAUACCGGAAAUAUGACACGAACAAAGAGGAGAUCAACACGAGACUCAGUCGUAUUGAUUGUGCUGUGGACAAACUACGCGGCCUUCACCUUGCCAUCAUCGACUAAUGGGACAAUGGAAGAAGAGAGCCAGGACUGUGUCAGAGUGUCUGACAGCUCAGCUGAGGCCAUGGAGGAGUUAAGCAUCACAGAAUGUAGAGUAGUGGACCAGAGCCUGUGUAUUACUGAUCCUCCCAUGAGGUCUCUUGAAAACUUUGAACCAGAAAUCUACAAUCAUGAGGGCAAGGGAGCAUACAGGUUCCAGUGCCCCAGUGCAGGUCUGUUCCAGUGCAGUAUAACAGGCCUGGUGUUCAGGAUGGAGGGAGAAGGAGAGGUGCUCUAUAGGACAGUCCACUGGGACAUGAGGCUUCUUUCCCAGAAUGGAAAGAGGCCUGCAGGACCCCUGUUCAACAUCGACUGUCCUCAGAAGUCUGUCUGUCAACUACACCUCCCACACUGUCAGAUUCAUUCUGAUGGUGGAUGUGACUUCCUGUCUGUAGCCCAUGUGACUGAUGACAACGUGGAGUUUCUCCCUCCCCAUGAGACAACAGACACACAUGUCAUAAUAAACAUCACUGGAUCCUCUGCUUAUGGUGAUGUCACAGAUGAUGAUGCUCCCAUCUCUCCUAUCCAGGGGCUUUUGUUGUUGUUCUACCAACCGUUUCUCUCUGAAGAGCGGUCCAUCCUGAAUGUGUUGUUGCUUCCCAGAAAUGUUGUGAUCAGGGAGGUGCAGGAGGAGAGGAAGAGGAGGAAUGGAGACAAAGAAACCUUUGUUGAAACAAAUCCUCACUGCAAUCUAACCCCGAAGAAAGCAUACAUCCUCUCCACAGAUAUUACAGAUGGAUAUAGGAUCAGCCCAACAACAGCAGAAUUUCUGGAUUUCCAGUCCUAUGAAAACUACUUCCCCACAUUUCAGUUGUUCUUGCUGACUGUUGUUAAAGAGUUUGAUCUCCUUUUGAAAGAAAAUGGCUGCACUGAAAAUCAAUGGGAGAGACGUGUCUGGCUUCCAGCUCCUGUCCAGGUCCAACCCCACGGGCCUGUGGCACCAGUACCAGCAGCUUCUGCCGAGGCUCAUGGCCCUGCAGUUCCUAUCCAGCUUCAGGCAGUUCCAACUCUGCAUCAGCCUGCACCUCAGCCAGCAGGCCCCGCCCAGGUCCAGCCUCAUGGGCCUGCAGCUCCUACUGCUGUUCAUCCAUCUGUCCGUGAAGAUUAACCAGACUUGAGAUAAUCAAAUCAGCGGCUUCCAAAUAAACAUUUAAUGAAAAGUAUCUUAAAGGAGCAAUCUGUGAUUUAGUAGAGCUUGGAAUUUCCAGGGACCUCACAAUACAAUACUUCAGUGCCGAUACGAUAUGUAUUGCGACAAAAAUAUAAAUGCAACAUGGAAAAUGUUGGUAACAUGUUUCAUGAGCUAAAACAAAAGAACAUCACACAUUUGUUUACGUCCCUGUUAGUGAGCAUUUCUCGUUUGACAAGGUAAUCCAUCCAUGUGACAGGUUUGGCUUAUCAAGAAGCUGAUUAAACAGCAUCAUUACACAGGUGCACCUUGUGCUGGGGACAAAAGGCUACUCUAAAAUGUGCAGUUUUGACACACAUUACAGAUGUCAAGUUUUGUGGGUGCGUGCAAGUGGUCUGCUGACCGCAGGAAUGUCCAACAGCAUUUUAUGAUUGUUUCUCGGCCAUAAGCUAACUCCAAAGUCGUUUUAGAGAAUUUGGCAGUACAUCCAACCGGCCUCACAAUCGCUGACGAAGUGUAACCAUGCCAGCCCAGGGCCUCUACAUCCGGUUUCAUCGUCUGAGACCAGCCAUCCGGACAGCUGAGGAAACUGAUGAGCAUUUUUGUCUGUAAUCGAGCCUUUUUGUAGGAAAAAACUCAUUCUGAUUGGCUGGGCAUGGCUCCCCAGUGGGUGGGCCUAUGCCCACCCAUGGCUGCGCCCCUGCCCAAUAGUGAAAUCUAUAGAUUAGAGACUAAAUAAUUAAUUUCAGUUGACUGAUUUCCUAAUAUGAUAUCAGAUAUUUUAUACACCAGUUUUGUGCUCAAUAAAGAAUUUGGGAAUUGACUCCCAUUCAACUCAUGAGAUUAAAUUUAAAUUGGCCACACCACAGGAUGUAGAAUCUGAAUGAGUGACAGGAAGUGUAAUUUUAUUUAUUUAAUAUUUGAAACGUACAAUAUGUGAAGCUGCUCAAUAACUACAGUCCAACAGAUUCCCAUUCAGAGCGACACACAGAAGCAUCCAGGGUCAAUACCCUGCUCAAGGGCAUGUUGACCGAUCUACCACCAGGCCAAGAAACGUGGAAG